ACUAACCAACCUCCCUAUCAAAAUGUUGAAACUGAUCGUCGUUCUUUCUGCGCUGGUCGCCAUUGCUGCUGCCAAACCAAGCGUUGCUGCUGCGUUCAUUGCCGCCCCGGCACCUGUAGUUACGGCUACGAGUUCGCAAUACUAUCACCGAAUUAACAAUGGUCUUGCCGCCUACGUCGCUGCCCCAGCUGCUUACGUUGCUCCUGCGGCUUCCUACGUUGCUGCUCCGGCGCCCUACAUUGCUGCCGCUUCUCCGUACGUUGCCGCUGCCGCUCCCUACGCUCCGUACGCUCCCUACGUAGCAGCGUCCCCCUACGUUGUUGCCAAAUAA